UUUGCUCCAAUGGUGGCAAAGGGACUCGAAUUGAGUUUUUCUUGUUUGUACAUUUAAUGAUCAUUAACAAAUGGAAAAAAAGAAAUUCAACAUCAAUUUAGACGACUCAAAAUUUACCAAGGAAAGAAGUCCGGUGGCUUCUUUGUUCAAAACCAAGGGUAGCCAUGUAGAGACCUCUGCUCAGAGUGCUCCACCAGCUCCCGGACAACCCCGGUCCUACGCGGAGUUCGUCGUUCAGAGCAAAAACAAGGGUCUUCAGGAAACGGCCCUAGGCCCACAGACACAUACAUCGGCUGACGAAACUGCUGCAGGCCAAAGUAGCCUUAAGUCAACUGUAAGCGAGUUAGAAACUAGGACCUCCACAGACUUAGAGAAACCAGAGACUCUCCAGCAGGGACCAGCUGAGGUGCCAACAAAAGAGGAAGGUCAGAGUUCGGAGAGCUGUGUAAUUGCUCCUCACCUCUUAGGAUCAGGAAACAGUAUUAUCGUCAGUCCUCGACAGCGAGGAAACCCCAUCCUAAAGUUUGUGAGAAAUGUGCCUUGGGAGUUUGGAGAAGUGGUGCCAGACUAUGUUUUAGGACGAACCACAUGUGCUCUCUUUCUCAGUGUGCGUUAUCAUAAUCUCAACCCGAAUUACAUCCACGAACGGUUAAAACAGCUGGGACAGAGCUUCGCCCUCAGAGUGCUGCUCAUCCAGGUUGAUGUGAAAGACCCUCCUCAUGCGCUGAAAGAGCUUGCUCGAAUAUGCAUCAUGGCUGAUUGUACUCUCAUCCUUGCCUGGAGCCCCGAAGAAGCAGGCCGUUACCUUGAAACAUAUAAAUCUUAUGAGAAGAAACCUGCAGAUCUUCUGAAAGAACAAGUGGAGAAAAACUACCUGUCCCAGGUUACUGAUUGUUUAACCACAGUAAAGUCUGUCAAUAAAACAGAUGCCAUGACCCUUUUAUCUACUUUUUCUUCUCUGGAAGGCAUCAUCAAUGCUUCGAAGGAGGAGCUAGUGUUAUGUCCAGGGCUUGGUCCACAGAAGGCAAAAAGACUUUAUGAUGUUCUUCACCAGCCCUUCAUAAAGACCAAGAAGAAGGAGAGCUGAUAAUGCCAAACUGUCUUCAAAAAUCAUGAAGUGUCUUAAAACACUGUAGCACAUGGUUCCUGGAAACUUCUGUGAAGUCUUUGGUUUAUGAUGGUCUCAGUCUGUGACCCACAGUGGUUUAUGCAUUUAUUUUUGUAGUUUAUAGAUAUGUAAACCAGUGUGGUGUAAUCGAAUGCAAAAGGAUGUAGAUGUUCAAUGUUAGAUGGUAAAAAUAAUGUGUGAGCGAAUGUAUGUGUUUGUGAAACGCACAAUAAAUGUCAUCGUUACUUUGCAGCA